AUGCAAAGCUCCAUCCCGGAACCGUACCUGUCCUUCCUCUGCGGAGGAUUUGCAGGCGCCCUCUCAAGAACCGCCGUCUCCCCCAUCGAGCGGGUCAAAGUGCUCUUCCAGGUCCAGGGCCUCGGCCACGCAACCCACUACAAGGGCGGGACCCUCUCCACCGUCGCCCAGAUCUACCAUGAGGAAGGUUACCGGGGCCUCUUCCGUGGUAACGGCACCAAUUGUAUUCGUAUUAUCCCUUAUACGGCCAUUCAAUACAUGGUCUAUGAGGAGGCCAAACUUUUAACUGGUGAAAAACUCCUCUCUGGAAUGGUUGCCGGCAUUGCCAGUGUCGUUGCAACUUACCCACUCGAUUUGGCCAAAACAAGACUUUCCAUGGCAUAUGCUCGCGGAGAGAAAAGCACCAUUGUCCGCACCCUCCAGACGGUAGCACGCACAGAGGGCGGCCUGCGCGCGUGCUACCGCGGCGUCGUCCCCACGGCCCUGGGCGUCGGACCCUAUGUCGCAUUGAACUUCACUUUUUACGAACAACUGCAAGACUCACAAUACACUAAAUGGAUCCCAACUCCUUUAAAAUCUCUUUUACUAGGCGCCCUAUCUGGGGGGGCUGCAUUAACUUCCAUGCAUCCUCUCGACCUUCUCCGUCGUCGCUUCCAGGCUCGGCCUCCCGUGGGGGAGACCAUCUGGUCUGCCCUUUCCACCAUUGUCCGCACAGAGGGCGUGCGUGGACUCUACCGCGGCUGGGGGGCCAACAUGUGGAAAAUCAUGCCCUCAAUGGCCGUCCAGUGGGGGAGCUACGACUCCAUCAAGAAACUACUUGUUUAA